UCACACGCUUUCCCUCUCCCCCACUUCCACGAAGCUUCCUCCGCUCCCUUCCCCUCCUCCUCCUCCUCUAACCUUUGUCUUCUCUCUCGCACGCCCAUAUUAAUGCACCUCGCGCUCGUCUUCCCGACGACCGUCGCGUCCAACGCACAAACACAUGGAGGGCCACGGCAUCGGCAGCAGCAGCAGCAGGGACAACACCUCGUUCUGGCAGUUCAGCGACCAGCUCCGGCUGCACACCUCCACCUUCUCCAACCUCUCACUCGGCGACAGCAUAUGGAGCGACUCCUUCGACGUCCGGCGCACCGACGAGCGCCGCAACCUCGACAGCUCAGCCCCCCUUUCGGCCGACUUCAACCCCAACCCCUGGAAGAUGACAUACACUAAUCACAAGCUCGCCUUCGGUACCUACAACAACAACAACUACAACAGCCAACUCAACCGCUACAACGCCGUCGACGACAACGGCAAGCACACUAACGACGGCGUCGCCAAGAACGGGAAUUACUUCACCGGCAACAACAUCGAUUACAAAUACGGCGGCGGGGAGACCAAGAACUACUUCAACAAAGCUAUCGGCAAGCCGGCCAAUUUUGGCCCCGGCGGUAGCAAGAAGAGCAACAUCAACGUUAGCAACGAUGGCAACCUGGGGAAGAAGAAGAAGAACACCAACAACAGCAACAACAAUCACAACAACAGCAACAACAACAACGACAGAGGUGGGGCCGUGGACAAGAGAUUCAAGACGCUGCCGCCGGGGGAAGCGCUGCCGAGGAACGAGGCCAUCGGUGGUUAUAUCUUCGUCUGCAACAACGAAACCAUGCCGGAGAAUCUCACCAGGCAGCUCUUUGGUCUGCCAUCGAGAUACAGGGAUUCGGUCCGAGCAAUCAAACCGGGGUUGCCGCUUUUCCUCUACAACUACUCAACCCAUCAGCUCUACGGGAUCUUUGAGGCGGCGAGUUUUGGAGGAACCAACAUCGAUCCCACAGCUUGGGAGGACAAGAAAUGCCCCGGCGAGUCCCGUUUCCCCGCUCAGGUGAGAGUGGUGACGAGGAGGAUCUAUGACCCCCUGGAGGAGGACGCUUUCAGGCCCAUACUCCACCACUACGAUGGCCCCAAGUUCCGAUUGGAAUUGAACGUGGAGGAGGCACUGAAGCUCCUUGAUAUCUUUGCCGAGAACGACAACGCUUGAGGAAGGUGUGAUGAGAAGACGACCGAUAUAUGUCUUCCAUUAGCAGUCCAAAAUAAGGUGUCCGUCCGGGUGAUGUUCUCGAGAGAAUACCGUGUGUGUUACGAUAAUAAACUCGGGUUUUAUACUUGUGUGCGGUGCUCCGGUAUGUAUAGCAGGAGCCACCGAUCCUUCUUUCAGACAGAUCGAUAGAUAGAUAGAUAGAUAGAUAGACUGAUAGUGCAUGCAGAUCAUCACUCGUUAGAUGUUGAGAAUAAUAAAUGGCUUGUCACGCA